AUGUCGGACACACCUGCUGCACCUGCACCUACAGCUUCUGUCAGCCCCUCUUCGGAGUCUGCCGUGCCGAGACGUGAUGUCUCACCUGAAACGCCACUGACCACGCAGAAUGACUUUAUUGUUGCAGAUGAUGAACAUAAUGCGGCUGACGAUGAUGAUGCUGAUUCGGCACUGGGUUCAGAUGCUGAGAGCUCAACUGCUUCAGUAUCGGCAAGUAUUCUUGAGUACCGCCGUAGCCAGGGUCGUACAUAUCAUAGUGAUAAGUUUACUACAAACUACUUUCUACCAAACGAUGAUCAGCAGUUGGAGUCUGUCGACUUAACUCAUCACUAUUUAAUGAUCCUGUUGGAUGAUCAGUUGUAUCUUCCUCCUUUCGAUGCGGAGAAGUUGAAAAAAGUGCUUGAUGUUGGUACUGGAACUGGUAUCUGGGCGAUUGAGUUUGCCGACCGUUAUCCCACCGUUGAAAUCGUCGGUACCGAUCUCUCUCCCUGCCAACCUGAGUGGGUACCCCCGAAUGUGCGUUUUGAAAUCGACGAUGCAGUAAUGAACUGGACUUGGGAGCUAAAUGAGUUCGACUUCAUCCAUAUCCGCUACCUCUUUGGCGCCGUCAAAGACUGGUCCGCUCUCUUUAAGGAAGCUUACCGCUGCGUUAUACCUGGAGGCUGGGUCCAAUCUGCCGAGGCUGAUGUUGAGUUCCGUUGUGACGACGGAAGUAUUGACCUGGAGCCCAACUUGAAGAUGUAUAAGAAGCUCUUUGAGGAGGGUGGAAAGGUGCUCAACACUCCCUUCUUUGUAAACGAUAUGCAGGUCCAGGGAUUCAAAGACGCUGGUUUUGAGGAGAUCCACACUAUUGACUACAAACUUCCCGUUGGUGACUGGCCCAAGGACCCCAAACUUAGAGAAGUCGGAAAGUUUGUUCGGGCUUGCUUGGAAAAUGACAUUGAAGGUUACACUCUUAUGAUGUGGCAAGAUGUGCUUCAGUGGCCAAAAGACGAAUACCAAAUGUUUCUUCUAAGCAUCCGAAAGGCCAUCAGAAACCCCAAGAUCCAUACGUACAUGAAAGUGCGUUAUGUCUACGGACGCAAGCCCUCCGAGUAA